AAUACAAAGAAGAAGAAGAAGAAGAGUGGCACAAAUCGAGAGACUCCGUUCAUCUCCGGUGGUAAGUUUCUCAUCUUCUCUCCGGCGGUUUGGGCUGGUUUCGUUGGAUUUAUGUCUAAAUAUUCCAAAUUUCUUCAACCGGUUUAACAUGGAUAACAUUGUGGACUCAUUGAACAAAGCUUACGAGAAAUUUGUUCUUGCCUCGGCUAGUGUUAUGGAGUCUAAAGAGAGUGCAGGAGGGCAAAAAGCAUCUCUCACUGAUGCUGCCUUGGAGAAUUUCAAGGAGAAAUGGGAACUGUUCCGUGUGGCUUGUGAUCAAGCAGAGGAGUUUGUGGAGUCAGUGAAGCAGAGGAUUGGAUCUGAGUGUUUAGUUGAUGAGGCUACUGGUUUAACUACUGCAUCAGGAGGAGGCCAACCAGCGGCGGCUACUGGUGCUGCCACUAGUCUCCCGCCCAUUAGUGCAGUAAGGCUUGAACAGAUGAGUAGAGCUGUUCGAUGGCUUGUUCUUGAGCUUCAACGUGGCUCUGGUGUAGCUCCUGGCUCGGUGCAUUCCUCCUCUACUGGGUUUGAUACUAGAUUCGCUGAAGACUCGACUCAAUAAUAGUGUGUAUCUCUGCCUACACACACACACACACCUUUAUAACUUCGAAACAACGCUUACAACCUCAGCUUCAUUACUCCUUGGUCAAGAGUGGCCAGAUAUAUCUUCUGUUACAUAAUGUGAUUGAAGUAUUGAACCAAGCAAGUAGCAAACACUUGGGUUUUGAUUUUAGUUGUUCUGAUUCCUCAUAUGUUAUGUUUUUUUAGUUGUUUUAAAAACAAAACAAAAAAAUGCCUAAUUUUGUUUUCUUGUACGUACAGACAUUAAUGUUGUUUUUCUAUAUUGGGUUAAUCUAAUCAGCUUUUAGGUUAUGUA